AUGUCCAAUGAUCAAGAACAACUGGAACAACCACCACCAGAUUUUGGUCAUGAUGAUGAUGAUAACAAUACUACUAAUACGAAAAAUGAUGAUUCAAUGUAUGUAUCAGCUAUGUCACCAGCAACAGUUGACAUAUCAUUAAAUGGUGAAGAUGAUGAUGAAAAUCCAUUUGGUGAACCAUCGACAACAAGAGAAAAAACACCAACGAAUACAACAAAUACUGUUGAAUCAUAUGUUGAUAAUGAAAAGACUUUAUUUCAACCGGAUAAAGCAACGCUCGAAAUGGAUGAAGAUGAUAAAGAUUUAUUUGGAUCAGAAAAUACAAGCUCUAAUGAACCACCAGUAGCUGCUGCACCUCCAUCACCUACUGUUGUACCGGAAAGACAACUAUCAACACCGCCAUCAACACCACUAAAACAGGAGACUUCAUUGUAUCCAAAUGUGAAUACAGUACAACCUGUACAAUCAAAUACAAAAUAUGAAAGUCAGAUUUCAUCAUCAACACCAACGCCGAAGAGUGUUUUAAGUGAAUCAACAACAGAAAGUAAACCAGUACGAAAACGUUCGCAAGAACAUACUAUUGAAAUUACUGUUAGUGAUCCUACGAAAGUUGGAGAAGGUAUGUCAUCAUAUAUGACAUAUCGCAUAACAACAAAAACAACAUUACCAAUGUUUAAAAAACCAGAAUUUUCAGUUCAACGACGUUUUAGUGAUUUUCUUGGUUUACAUGCUAAACUUGUUAAUAAACAUUCACAUGUUGGUAUUAUAGUUCCAUCACCUCCAGAAAAAGAUUCAUUAUCAAUGGCAAAAGUUAAAAUAUCUAAAGAUGAAUCUAUACCAACAGAUUUUAUUGAUCGACGUCGUGCAUUAUUAGAACGUUAUUUAAAUCGUUUAGUACGACAUGAAAAAUUACUUGAAGAUUCUGAUGUACGAGAUUUUAUUGAAAUGCCUAAUGAAUUACCUAAAUCAACAAAUACACAAGCAUUAAGUGGUGCUGGUGUUUUACGUGCAUUAACAACUAUAUCAAAUCAAGUUACAAAAAUAACAACAAAAAAAACUGAACAAGAUCAAUGGUUUGAAGAAAAACAUGUAUUUGUCGAUGAUUUACAUAAACAUUUAAAACAUUUAUAUAAUCAAUUUAAUACAUUAUUUUCACAACCUACAACUGAAGAACAUCCAUUAUUAUCGAGUGCAUUAAUAGAAUUAGCUAAUCUUAAAGAAAAAUUAGAUCAAGUUCAUAAUGAACAAGCUUUCAAAGAAUAUUCAAUAUUAACAGAAUUGAUUAAAGAAUAUGUUUCUUUAUUAGAAAUGGUUCAAUUAGCAUUUCAUGAACGUAUUAAAGUACAUCAACAAUGGUUACAUGCUGAAGAUACAUUGAAAAAGAAACGUGAAACAAAAACAAAAUUAGAACAAUCCCCAAAAAGUGCUGAUAAAUUACCCCAAGCUGAAAUGGAAAUACGUGAUUGGGAAGGUAAAGUUGUUCGUGGUAAAGAAGAUUUUGAAAAUAUAUCAACAACAAUUAAACAAGAAAUGGAUGUAUUUGAUCAAACACGUAUUGAUGAUUUUAAAGUAGCAAUUGAUCAUUAUUUAAAUGAAUUAUUAGAACAACAAAAUAAAGUUUUACAAAUUUGGGAAGCUUAUUUACCUGAAGCAAAUAAAAUUAAUAUAUAUUUGAUAUAUUUAUGGAUAUUAUAUAAGAAAUAUUCUCGAUCAAGUACAUUUUAA